AUGGCGACCAUACUCCUCGUUUGCAUAGGCUUUACUAUGAUCGGAACAGGCUUAUUUUACAAAAGUACAGUCUCGCAUUGUAUCCGAGAAACCGAUAGCAGAUUCAUAUUGAUUGGUCUGAUCUUGCUGGUUUUUCCUCAGCUUGGUCUUUACGCUAUCUGUUUACGCUCAAAACGUAUCUUCACAGUUUACAUCUAUGCGAUGAUGUUGGUCUUGAUUGUCCUUGGUGGCUACUCUUUAAAGUGCUUUCUCUACAAUACUACCUUUGGAAUCGCCAAGAACCCGGCUGAGGAAACCCGAACUGCCAAGCAAUUGGUUGGCCGGCUAGUCCCUGCGAGUAAACUUGCAAGCGUCACGGACUGUAUCAUUCAUAACCAUGACUGUAACUUCAAUGCCAGCAAAAACAGCAAUGUUUGGAAGUUUUGUUGUGCGCAACCAAAAGGCUGUGGAGCAAAGACAAUGUUCGGUAAAGCAGGAGAAUGGAGUUGGAAACAUCAACACAUAGAGAACGAAGUCCCUGAAGAAUGUUCUUACCAGUACUGUCUGAGUUGCAGAGGUUGCCAGCUCAGCAUCUUGAAAGCCAUUGUUCAGCAAUGGAAAUAUCUGUCCAGGUACUGUUACCCUUGUCUCUUUCUCGUUUCUCUCAGCCUCGCCAUUUCCAAAUCCAUUAUAGACACUCUCGAUGAACCCGAUGAGUUUCGAGGCUCUUAUUCUUGA